UAACCGCGAGCUGGAAUAAAAUGGGGUUUAUAACGACUUUCCGUGUAUCGACCCCAGUAACCGGGGGCAGUCCAUGUCAACCACGUUUUAGGAAAUUCAUUCAUUACUAACGAAAUAAUGCGUCCUAAAAAAUCUAAUUUGGGUCGUCGUACUCGCAACGCAGAAAAAGUGAGAAGAAAUCGUUCGAAUAGGACUGAUGAAGAGCGGGAAUUGGUACGGGAGACGGAGCGGCUAAGGCAAAGGCAGAGGAUUCUUAUGGAAACAGCCGAAAGGCGUGCAGUCAGGCUUGAGCGUCAGCGUUUGCGAGCCCGAAAAUCACGGUCUGCAGCAAUACAAUUGCUUCGCUCGCAAAGAAGUGAACUGCAGCCGGAACAGAACUUCAAAAAGAAGAAACCUAUUAAAGGUUACAAAUGCUCACAGUGCCCAUACGAGAGUGUUUGGUAUCAUAAUGCAAUGAGGCAUCUGCAGGCAAUCCACCGUGGCGAAGGGUCUUUAAUAAAAUUCGAUAAAACCGAGGCUCCGCUGCAGCCGGAUCAGAACGAGAAGCAAGAACUCAACAACGGCUUGGAGGCAAAUUCAAGGGAAGUGUUCCAACCAAAUUCUGAAUUGCAUACAGCUGUAUGGGAGGAGCAGAUAGAGUUUAAGCAGGAACCAGCAUGGCAAAAUACGCCAGAGUUUGAGGAGAGGCUAAAUCUUAGCACCGGGUUAGAGGAAGAAUUCGUUUGGGAACAAAGAGAAGAACCCGAAUUGCAUCGAGAACCUGAGUGGGAGAAGGAGACAGAGUUCAAGCAGGAACCACCGUGGGAGGAGGAGCCAGAAUGGGAGCAGGUAUCAGAGUUUAUUCACGAACCAGAGUGGGAGGAUGCGACAGAGUUUGAGGAGAAGACAGAUGUGGAGUAUGAAAUAGUUUUCCUGGAUGAGAUAGAAGUAAAACAAGAGCUUUAGCGGAUGCAGGCAAUUGAAUUUAAUCAAUCACUAAAUAUGAUUAGUAAAAUUGGAUUUAUCAUGCAAUGAAUUAUAUGACGGUGGUUCCGCUUUGCGUUCUUGAUCGAAUGCAUUUUGAGCACCAUACAAAGCAAAACAGAAGUAACCUAUAAAUAAAUAGAUAUUAAAAUAUACUAUAA